CACCACAGGGACGAGCUGGAAAGAAAACAGUAUUUGCAGGCAAAGCACUUCUCAGGAUCAUGAAGAUGGAAGUUCAAAACAAGCGCAGCUUUGAAAAGAAGGGUUGGAAUAGAGCUCCACUGCCACCGUUCUCGAAGGUCACACAUCCAGACAAGUCCUUUGUUUCACCAACAAAUUCAACUUUUCCUCCUGAAGAGAGAAGAGAAGAUUUUUGCAAACUUCAGCCUCUUUCGGCCGCAGACACUCAGGAAGAGCGCCUCCUUCUUAAGUCCAAUGCUUGGCCUCAAACUCCACCAUUAUCUCCUUCUUUUUCACUCAAAAGAUCCAGCAACCCUCGUGGCAGCAACUUUGUCAUUUUACCCAAAGUUGGGGGCCAGCAGUGGCAUGUUGGUGAUCAAAUAAAAGUUCAGAUUAAAAUGAAGGACUUCCUUGGAAAACCCAAAAAAACUGGAGGAGAUUUUCUAAUUGUCCGACUCCACAACCCAGUUCUACAAGCUGGAGUCACUGGAAAGGUUGUCGAUCACCUUAAUGGCUCCUACUCUGCUGUGUUUCCCUUACUCUGGAACGGAAGGGCAGAGGUUGAGGUGACUUUAAUUCACACAAGUGAAGCCAUCACGGUGCUGCGCAGCUUCAUUGAACAUCCAGACAGAAUCAUGUUUGACAGUGAAUUCCGCAAAGGCCAAAAAGCUGAAUUAAGCAAAUGCAAUAUAUGUCUGCCUCCCACAACGAAAGCGAUAUGCAACUUCACUGACGUCAAAACUGGAGACCCAUGGUUCUGCUACAAGCCGAAGAAGCUGAGCUGUAACACAAGAAUCACACACUAUGUUCAUAAAUAUACUCCAAAUUUUGGGCCCUAUGUUAAGCUUUUUCAAAGUGGAAUAAACAUGAAGGUUUUCAUUCCUCCCUCUGGGACCGCAAGUGUCAAUGUCCUGCCUCCAGUUAAAGGUGUGACAAAGAGUCCAAAGAUCAGCCAGCCUGGUUACUACUACCAUGGUGUGUGGAGAACCUUGAGUGGGCCGCCGGUUCAGCAGUUUAACACUCCCACAGACAUCAGUCACUGUUUGCGAAACAAAAUGUUGUUCCUGUACGGAGACUCCACAGUCAGACAGUGGUACAAAUAUUUAACGUCAAGAGUACAAGAUCUCAAACCAGUCAACAUCGAUGGCAAGCUAAGAGUUGGACCUUUUAUGGCUAUUGAUCAUCAAAGUAAUACUACUGUCAUGUACCGCAUCCAUGGCAACCCUCUCCUCCAUACUCUGCCACCAAUUCCUGUCGCUAAGGUUCACUAUAUUGCAAAUGAACUGGACACUCUCGAGGGAGGAGCAAACACAGUUGUGGUUAUUGGAGUCUGGGCUCACUUCGGCCCAUUCCCAAAUAGGUUUUACAUUCGACGGAUGCAGAGCAUCCGCAAGGCUGUGAUCCGACUGCUGAACAGAGCUCCAGAAACCCUGGUUGUUAUCCGGACUUCGAACUUCAGAAUUCUGACUCCCUCUGUCGCAUGGCUCUACAACGACUUUCACACAAUGGAGCGGGACAAGAUCCUCAGGGCUGUGUUCAAAGGUGUGAAUGUCCGCUGGGUGGAUGCCUUGGAGAUGACUGUAUCUCAUUAUCUUGAACAGGAACUUCAUCCCAAACUGCCCAUUAUCAAGAAUAUGAUCAAUGUCCUCCUCUCCUUCAUAUGCCCAUGAAGACUGAGGUGUUUUCUC